AUGAACGACAGAGGCCGCUCUACCAUGGACGUGGUAGCUGCAUUCCUGAACGCGUACACCGACAGAGACGUCUACGUCAGGCCGGCGCCAGGCGACGAGGAGAGGGACCCUACGACAGGUGAAAUGAUGGUCUACAAACUGGAGAAAAGUCUGUACGGCCUGUCACAGUCCCCGUCACUGUGGAACGACGCCAUCAAUGACAGACUCAUCAUCUUCGGCUGGCAGCGCACUCGCUCUGACCCCUGUGUCUACAUCUUCGUAAGCGGGGACGAACUCACAAUCCUAACGAUCUACGUCGAUGACAUCCUCAUCACGGGCGGAAACAAGGAGAUCGUAAGCAGCAAAAAGAAGGAACUCAUGGACAGCUUCGAAAUGACAGACAAGGGAGAGGUCAAGCGCGUAAUCGGCAUCGAAGUGCAGCGGGACUACGAACAUGGCACACUAGCCAUAUCGCAAGGACCCUACGCGAGAGAUAUCCUACAGCGAUA